AUGGAUAAAACAAAUCAUUUCAUUCAUGAAACAAAAAUUCUUGAUCAGAGACAAUUUUACAGCAUUUUUAAUACUUUACAAAAAGAAAAACCUGCCUUCUCAAAUGGUUCGAUGGAAGUUCUAAUUAGUAUAACAUAUUGCCGUGGCGAUGGCUUUCGUUGGAGAGAUGAUACCGUACCAUAUGAUUUGAGUUUUUUGAAAUUUAAUCCAAUCGAUAAUUUAAAUGAUGAUGAUAAUCUGAUUGAAAAUUACUGCUUUCAUUUUUCAAUUAUUGUUGGUAAGUGA